GGGACGGCCGGGAGCUGGGGCGGCGCGCGAGACCGGACCGUACACCCCGAGCUGCGCGCUCGGCUCGCGGGGCAGCCGACUCUGCGCCCGUCCCACGGCAGGCCGGUGGACGUGCUCUUCUCGUCACGGACUGCGCGGGAGGUGUUGAGACGAUCUCGUGCCGGUUCGGACCUCCUGACGGCGGCGGACAGUGUCUGGAGAGCCCGUCGAGUUCUACUGCCUGUCGAAUUCGGACUCCAGCACGAACGCGCACACGCCAGCGUGGGCUGCCCGGACUCCAGUUUUGAACGUUGCUUCGCCGACUGGCCGCCUGCCCACCGUCAAUGUUCGGUCUCCGUCGGCGGUGUCCGGUGCCCUGACCUGACCUGACCGGCUGCUGGGAUGAGUCGACGGGCCAGUCUAUUCGCGCGCCAGAACCCGGGCCGCCGCAGGGUGCGCUUCCCCGACGAGGUCGUGUUCGACGACAACGUGCGAGAGAACGACGCCGACGCCGUGGUCACCAUGCUGCGGCGGGCCAGCGUCGACAUCGACGUCAACAGGAUCAACUCGGCCGGGCUGACGGCGCUGCACCAGGCGGCACUGGACGGGAACCUGCCGGUGGUGCGGAUCCUGGCUCGGUUCGGCGCCGACCUCAACUGCCGGGACACGGACACCUGGACACCGCUCCACGCCGCCUGCGCCAUGGGGCACCAUCACGUGGCCAGGUACCUGCUGGAGAGCGGGGCCGACCCUCGCCUGGUGACCGCCGACGGGCAGCGGCCGCUUGACCUGGUGGACCCGGCUGACCUGGCCACCGUGGCCGUCAUGCUACAGCCAGGCGUGCCCUGCCCGGCCGCGCCCCCCUCCGACGACAGCGACGACGACCAAGCCGAGCGGCAACACGAGAACGGCUGAGCGGACUCGGCCGCACGGCACGGCACGGCACGGCACGGCACGGCACGGCACGGCACGGCACGGCACGGCACGCGGACUGGACCGGGGCAGCCUGUCAGCUUCGCUACCAGGCUGCUGAAGGGAUGGCGGAGACGUACGGGGCACUAGCUGAUGCGCUUGUUUUGUGAUGGGCUGGCUGUUUGUGUCUUAUUUUUAGAUACAUAUAUUUCGCCAAUGAAUGACAUAUUAGGACGGCUUGCGCUUAGAUCAGUGGAAGUGUUUUGCACAUAUUUGUCUGUGGACUUAAAAUAUCACAAAGAAAUGCCUUUGCUACCGAAAUCGACCCCUGCAACAUUCCCAGUUAGCUGUUUUAAUGCAUGAAAGAUUCCACUCACUGGAUGAGGGCUGGUGUCAUAGUUGUGAGUGCUAGAUAGUUUGCGGCUUGGAACUAGUGCUUAGCGUCCAGACUGGCUCCAUAACUAAGGCAUGUCUCCCGAACCGAUAUGUAAGACAGGCUGCCUGCAUCUCAACCAACAUACUUGUACGAUGUUUUGCUUCUUGCAUCUCCUUGCUCGUGAUGAGUUUCAGUGCAGUGCCGUGUUUGUAUGAUGUGCUUGCCUCUUGCACCUCCUUGCUUAUGAUGCUUGAGGUUUUAGUGCAGUGCCGUGUUUGUAUACAUAAUGUGCUUGCCUCUUGCACCUCCUGGCUCGUGAUGCAGGGCGUUUCAGUGCAGCGCUUUUUGGUGAUGUAGCGCUCUCCUGCUAGGCACGUUAUGCCGCUCACUGUCUCCAGUUCAUCACGUGCGUCGCACCUGGGUGCCAGACGCGUGCUCCGAACACAAUGCAGGCGCAAAAUAAACGGCAUUAGGA